UUUUUUUUUCUCUUUUCAGCUUAUUUUUUUCCUAUCCUUUCUUUCUUUUUCCUCUCCUCUUUUCUUCCUUUCUGAGCUAGAGCCAUGUAUCCAUCAUCUUCAUCGUCUUCGUCUCAAAAACCCAUGGGCCACACCGGGCUAACCCGCUACGGCUCAGCUCCGGGUUCCCUUCUAACCACCACCGUCGAUGCCGUCAUCGGAGCUGAUCCUAACCAUGUCGGCCACUACUUCACAGCUGACUCAUCGUCUUUAACAUCAGAGUCAACUUGCAAAGUCAGCUCAUCCAACGAUCCACAGGAGCCCAAAGCUGCUGCUGCUGCUCCUCCUCAUGGAUCUUACCCUGGAACAAAUUCUUCCUCUUUGCUCAGACAACGUAGCUCUCCUGCUGGUUUCCUUAGUCACGUCACAACCGAAAACGGUUUUUCUGUUACAAGGGGCACCAGAAAUUAUAGCUCUCAAGGUGGUGCUAAUGGUGGCCAUAGAGUGUCAAGGUUGAAGUCUCAAUUGAGCUUCACUAGACAAGAUUCUCUUUCUCAGAUCUCUGAAGUAAGUGAGAAUCUUGUUGAUGGUGUUAGCACUAGCAGUAACCACCAAAAUGCUGCACAUUCAUUUGCUGCUGCUGGCUUUGGAAUGGAUUCAUGGGAUAAUACCAAUUCCAUUGUGUUUUCUGCCCCACCAAGCAAGAGGGCUAAAAAUAUUGAUGGUGAUAUUUAUAACUGUCUAAAUGCCUUGGAAACUCAGUUUAGCCUGCCCCAAACAACACUUGAAAUGGCCACGGUGGAAAAGCUGCUACAUAUUCCUGAAGAUUCUGUGCCCUGCAAAAUCCGAGCCAAGCGUGGCUGUGCCACUCACCCUCGAAGCAUUGCUGAAAGAGAGAGAAGAACUAGAAUAAGUGGGAAGCUGAAGAAAUUACAAGAGCUUGUUCCUAACAUGGAUAAGCAAACGAGCUACGCAGACAUGCUGGACUUGGCUGUGGAGCAUAUUAAAGGCCUUCAAAAUGAAGUUCAGAAACUUCACAAAGAACUCGAAACUUGUACAUGCGGAUGCAAACAAGGCUCAUGAUAUCCCCUAAUCAGGCGUAAUGAGCCAGCACUGGUCUGAUUUCCAAAUUUUGUUCAACGUGGGUGCUUAGUGGAGCCAAGACUAAUUUUGUUGUCGUAGUUUGACAUAAUAAUGCAAAGCAGAGGUAUAGAACUCGAAACUGUAUAUAAUGGAGUGACAUUGUUCCCUAGUUACGAAGAGGUUGAGUUGGAAAAGGACAAAAGGGAAUUGUUAAAUGCAGAAGGUAGUUUCAGUUUCCCUUUUCUGGUAGAUUCACUGUCUCUCCUGUAACAUAUGUGUCGGCUUUUGUAUCUUAGAUGGGCAUGAAGAAGUCAGUUGAUGUUUCGUGUAUUUAUUCAUGCUAUAACUUUAUACAAUGUCAAUGUUAUAUGAUUGAUUUUUUUGUUC